ACCCCACGCACCUCGAUGGCCUUGGCUAUGGAUUUUAAAACUUAUGUGGAGCAAGCAUGUAGAGCUGCUGAAGAAUUCAUCAAUAUUUACUAUGAGACAAUGGACAAAAGAAGACAUACAAUUGUCAGGAUGUAUUUGGACAAGGCCACCCUAAUUUGGAAUGGAAAUGUUGUUACAGGGCCUGAAGCCCUUUCUAAUUUUUUUGAGACGUUGCCUUCCAGUGAGUUCCAAAUCAAUAUGCUGGACUGCCAACCAGUGCAUGAGCAAGCUACCCAGUCUCAGACUACCAUUCUUGUUGUGACCAGCGGAACCGUAAAGUUUGAUGGAAACAGAAAACACUUCUUCAAUCAGAACUUUCUUCUGACUGCACAUAGCACUUCUAACAACGCUGUGUGGAAGAUUGCAAGUGACUGCUUCCGUUUUCAAGAUUGGGCUAGUUGUUAA